GGGCGGGACCUCGGGUGGCCCGAGGUGGCCCGGUUGCUGGGUGCGAAGCAGCGCAGUCCGAUUCAUCCGGGCCCGGGGAUGGCGUCCCCACGGGAAUUAACCCAGAAUCCCCUGAAGAAGAUCUGGAUGCCAUAUAGCAAUGGGCGGCCCGCUCUGCACGCCAGCCAGCGGGGUGUGUGCAUGACCAACUGCCCGACGCUCAUCGUCAUGGUGGGUCUGCCAGCCAGGGGCAAGACCUACAUUUCUAAGAAGCUGACCCGGUACCUCAACUGGAUCGGUGUGCCUACUCGGGAGUUCAACGUUGGCCAGUAUCGCCGGGACAUGGUCAAGACGUACAAAUCUUUUGAGUUUUUCCUCCCAGACAAUGAAGAAGGUCUGAAAAUCAGGAAGCAGUGUGCCCUGGCAGCCCUCUCUGACGUCCGGAAGUUCCUCAGUGAGGAGGGGGGACAUGUGGCGGUUUUUGAUGCGACCAAUACCACCCGAGAACGGAGAGCGAUGGUCCUUAACUUUGGGGAACAGAAUGGCUACAAGACCUUCUUUGUUGAAUCUAUCUGUGUGGAUCCUGAGGUCAUAGCCGCCAACAUCGUGCAAGUGAAGCUGGGCAGUCCUGACUAUGUCAACCGGGACAGCGAUGAGGCCACUGAGGACUUCAUGAGACGCAUUGAAUGCUAUGAGAACUCAUAUGAGUCCCUGGAUGAAGACCUGGACAGGGAUCUGUCCUACAUCAAGAUCAUGGACGUGGGCCAGAGCUACGUGGUGAACCGUGUAGCUGACCACAUCCAGAGUCGCAUCGUUUAUUACCUCAUGAACAUCCAUGUCACACCCCGCUCCAUCUACCUCUGCCGGCAUGGGGAGAGUGAACUCAACCUCAAGGGUCGGAUUGGUGGGGAUCCUGGACUAUCUCCCCGGGGCAGAGAGUUUGCCAGACAUCUGGCUCAGUUCAUCAGUGACCAGAACAUCAAGGACCUGAAGGUCUGGACGAGCCAGAUGAAGAGGACAAUCCAGACGGCAGAGGCGCUGAGCGUUCCUUAUGAGCAGUGGAAGGUCCUCAAUGAGAUUGACGCGCUGACCAGUCCUCAGAUGGCAGGUGGCGUGGCCUUGCUUUGGGCAGCACCCGACCUGCUUUCAGUGGCACAUGGCGUGGGUAGCACCCUCACGCAUGCUUGCCCUGUCAUCUGGACACCCAGCAAGGGGUGCCUCAUGCUUAGGCAGCUUGGGGCCUUCCAGCUGGGACUCCUGAGCCCUCAAGCAGCCCACUCACCAGGCUGGCUGCUUCAUGAACUCUGUGACCUUAAAUGUGACACCGAGACAAAAAGUCUCACUAGGAUGUCCCCACUGCGGCCCAGCUGCCUGAAAGGGGCCAUGGCCCUAGAGAGCUCCACUGCCACUCUUGAAGCCACAGGCCAGAUCUUCGUGGGACCUUAUGCUGCCUGA